CGAAAGUAUCGACACGGUAUAGCUGCCAUCUCAUUCUUAUAUCUUCGAAUCAACAUCUGCUUCUUGGGUUCGUCUGCUGCCCACUGACGACUCUUGAGAUAAUAACGUGAUACAGUUCGACACUCUGGACACGACAAACCGGUUUGCUUGUUUCUGUAUGAGACCUGCUUCCACGAUUGGAUGCACUUCAGACAGUAGCAGUGACUACAGUUUGGCAGAAUCGCGAAACAUCGCUCCGUGGGGUUUUCCUUGGCUAAAACCACAUCCAGGCACACACCACACACCAUGUUGCUACUGUGCUGUGUGUCAGUUGCGAUUGCAUAUUUGACUUUACGGUGCGCCGUGUUACAUUCUGUUUUCUGUGUCUCCACAUUCAGGAGGGGCUCACGCUGAUCACGGAUAUCUUGUCCCGGGAUUGCAGCAGCAUAGUGUUCCGGGUGCUGCCUCUCCACAUUCCGGAGUAGCGCACGCUGAUCGCGGAUAUCUUGUCCCCGGGUAGGCCCAUCCAUUGUCCUUGAUUUUGUACUCAGCUUGAUGUGAUGUGUACAACUGUUAGUAGGCUUACAGAGGCAGCUUAAUAUGAUCCCAAUGUUUAACCUAACCCCCUCUCUACUCUCGUUCCAGAUAAAAAGACUCUCUCAUCGGAUGCACAGCCCCUUUUGUCGGACGCACAGCCCCUCUCGUCGGAUGCACAGCCCCCUGAGAGAGUGUUCAGCCACAGACAAUUCCGAAAUGUUCAACAUGAGCUAGACACUGUACCCUCAAUAUUCCUCUUCACUGUCAACUGUGGAAUUAUAUCCACCGUGAAACGCACUCCUGGCAGUAUCCGGGCCUUUGGAGGCUUUGGUGCGUUGGACUACGUGUUUGCUAUUGCAACGCUCCGACGCGUGUCGCUCACGCUCUACAGCUUGGGAUAGUUGCUGAGGCUGACUAAGACACUUGGUGUUUUUGGGCCCUGGCACGUUGCCGUGGGGCAUAGGUGGAGCCGAAGGGUAGUUGUUACACACGUUAGUUGCGAGCCAGCUCGCGGGUAUGUCGACUAAAGGAGCUGUGGGCUUCUUGGCUUCCCAGUGAGACAUGCUCAUCCAGCGGUUCUGUGUCACAGGCCACGCGGAACUCAUGCAGUAACGAAAUAAAAGGUAUACGUAGUAUCUCGAGAGUUUGCGAUUGUCCAGGACUAUAGGCCCCGGGAUUUGGGCUCCGCGAUUUACCGUGCUAGCACACUCCAUAGCGUGGAGAGACUCUAGGUCCGCCCUGGGUGUGUACAGUGUGUCGGCUCUCUGCCACAUAUCUCUCAAGUGCUUCAAGGUAGCCUGGAGAGAGCUUUCACAUUUCAACGUGUCGUGCAGCAAACCCGUGGCUGGCGCACCUGCCACAAUCAGGCACUCAAAGAGCGACAACGACGCGUUUUCAGAGAACACGAUCUCUCUGCGAGAAACCGUACCGUUCAUCUCGUAUUAUUUACUAGCCCAGAUAUGAACGCGGGUGUUGACGAUCUCGCCAAAAUGGCCCAAGUCAAGGUUCCAAGCAACCACGACAAACUGAUACAUCUGGUGGAGCGGUACAAUCUGUUUUACGUUAAGACCUUGCAUUACAAUGACUUGCGCGGUGUGCUGGACUGGCUGGGAUUACAGUGUGGCGAUUUAGCGUUCAGCCAACACGAAGACACUGUUACAGUGCUCAAUAGGCUUCUCCCAUCGCUCCACGACGUGGCGGUGGUGAGUAUAGACAUGGAACCACAAAUCGAGGGAAAGACACGCGUAAUUGUAUACAUAAAACGAGAUCAUGGGCACGGGCAAGCGCAAGCGCGGUAUGACUCUAUAGUAUUGUUCCUAGUGGUCAACUUCGAUGGAGCUCCAUACAAUCAGGAUGCCAGCAUCAUCUUCAAACACGCGCGGGCAUUGCUCACCGAGCGCAAGACCCCCCUAUUCCCAGAGUUCGCCAAGUGUCGACAUGGUAAUCCGUCAACUGUGGUAGUCCGUCAGGAGCAGUAUCCCAUACUAGACGGCUUCCUGGCCCUUAGCUACGAUACGACUAAGCCCAAGACACCCAACGUACCCGUAGACAGCUUUGGGCGAAUAUACAAGCCUCUAAGGUCGACCAAAGAAGCCAGUCCAUGGAGCCUCUACGCAGAUAUACCCGGUGACCAUGAAUGUGCCAUUGACAUUGAAACACUGAUAACCACAAAGGACACGGUUCUGGGGCGAGGAGGCUUCGGCGUGACAGUUCUGCUCAACAAGGACCUCGUUGCAAAAACCAACCUGUUUCCAGACCUGGUGAAUUGGAGCAGGCCUGAGAUAGACUCGGAAUUUAAUCGCUAUGCACACAUUGCCUCACAAGUGGAAGAGGUCAUGAUGGGUGUUUCGAUGAAACACGCCAACAUCUUGCGCACAUUUGGCGGCCUGUGGUGUGACAUCCCCGGGUACCAGUUGGGCGGUAGAGCCGUGCUCAUCAUGGAAAGAGCCCUAUGUUCACUGCAUGAGUUCAUGUGGAACAUUGGCAACGUCUCGAUUGUGCCCAUGGUCGAACUGGACACUCUACGAGCACUGGAUUAUUUGAGAUCGAGAGCCAUCCAGCACAGGGACAUCACGCACAGGAACAUCUUGGUCUGUCACCAGACGGAAAGAACGCCCGCGCCGUUCGCGUUCAAGAUCAGCGACUUUGGCACGGCGUGCAACUUCUCUACCCCAGAUCAGCCACGAGGCAACCGCUGUAACAUGGCACCGGAGGUCAUGUGGUGCUUGAAUGCAGCCACGGGGAGCGAUGUGUUCAGCUGGUACUGCGUUAUGUGGGAGUUGUACAAUGGCUCACCUUUGAUACCGCACAAGAGUGGGAACGAGAGAGGGUUUUGUAAAAAGACAUACGCAGAGAACCUAUCCAAAUUGGUUGGGGUGUACAAUGCCGAGAACAAUCUGUCGUUCGAACUCGGCUACAUGAAAGCAAUGGAUGCUCGUGUCCUUCACGCGAAAUACAAAGAUUCGAGACCCAGCGUUGAGCAGAUACGGGCAAACCUCACACACAUGGCCCGGAACAAUAAUGACAAGGCGUUUAUCCAGAUAGGAGCCCUGUGCAUUACGCUCUUCCCUCAGGAGAGACAGUCUCCUUCCGAACUGCUGAACCUCAAACGAUACAAGUGUUUGAGUAGAGACAUCAGCGAGGCAAAUGUGCCGCACAGAGCGCUCCCGCUGUCCAUACACUCAGGGGAGUACAGAUUGACCGAUUUCAUAGUCAGUGAUGAUUGUGCCCCGGAGGGACUCGCUAAACUGAUGACCGAUGCAGCCGCAGCGAAACGUCCGCUGACGAGAAUCACGUCCAAGGUCAAAAGGUACUAUGGAGUAGACCUCUUGAGGCUGGCCCCUGGUCGAAUACAGCCUUACCAGUGGUACUCAAACAAGGUCAAAGAACUCGCUGAUGUGUACCAGAUCAAUAACAAACGCAAAGCUGCGGACACGGAGAUUCCGAUCCAGGCCAGGCGCUUGAAAGUGACCUCUGUAGAUCCGGGAGAGGGCACUUCAACCGCUGGGCCCGUUCGACAAGAGCGGGAAGAGGAACUGCUACCCACGCGAGCAAGGGAACACCCGCUUGGAGACACUGCGGGCGAUUCGUCACAUAACUGCGUUCGGAGCAACGAGCCCGUGCAAAUGCUGAGCUCUAGCGUUCUGGGUGACGAUGCGCUCAACGGUGACAAUGUGUCAGCGCGGUCAAUGAGCCUCAAUAACCGGGCUGUAGAGUCUCCGGGUGAGGUGAUUCUACAAGUCAAGCAGAUCCCCGGGGAGCUUGCCACGCACAUGGCCAUUCUCAAGAGUCACAACGGGAAAGAGAUAAAACGUUUCAAGGACAACGUAAUCCUGCUGUCACAAAGUAUGACCCAAACGUUCCCUCUCAUGUUUGCUGGUCCCCGAGACGGCUUGUCUAAGUGCUCUCGGUGCAACGGUGUGUUCAUCUUCCAGUAUGCGCAGUUCUUCGAGGGAUGCAAGCAGGUGUCAUCAUUGGACACUUCGGACGCAUCUACCUCGGCUCACGGAUUACUGCUGCAGGUUUUUCUGAUGCUCAAAGCUGCUUUAGAGUGGAAGCUUUUGCCCACGCACAUGACCCAGUGUAACGACAUCCUAAUCAGUAGAGGAGCCGUGAUGAUCGACAUUGUAUCGUACCUCAGCAGGAACUUCAACAAGCCCCGGUCGUCCAUGUUCGGCGAACAUUGCGAGGGCUUACUCAGGCUCUGUGUUAUCAUGGUGACAAAACACUUACCCCAUUCGGAACUGUGCAAACAGCUCCGAGAGAUGAACCCCGAGACACCCGCUUCCUGUAUACUGGCCACGGCAAUUGAACACUUGACACGCUUCGGUUCCAGCGAAAGGACCACGCCGAGCAUAUCGACCCUAGAUGGUAACUUUUUCACGUUCAAGGAUUACACAUCGGAUAUACCCAACUGGCUGACAGCCGUGGGUGAGGAGGAAGAUGCUCACGAUAGAAGUUGCACUAAAGUGCUGGUGUACGGACGACCGAAGCCUUGCAAACGAGACCUGAUAGCAGAGGGUUUAUGCGCUGCCAAGCUGAAGACACUGGUUAGGGACAUAGUACUGAGGAUGAAAGUCAAGAUAUUCGGCCUAGCGAGGCUUGAAGUGACGACACUGGAUUGCACGCAGGGUUUCGCUAAGGUGACUCUCAAGAAUUCAGCACUCUGUAAGAUCCCCUGUGUAGACCAACUUGACCGGUCGAGGUUACUUCAUGCCGACGGCAAAAACUAUUUCACACAUGACGCCAUUUUGCCCUUGUCCAAGUGGGCCCCAGUCAUAAUGUUCACCAAGUGUAAACAGUAUGGGCCUACUCCAGAGUGCACUUUUGAAUAUUACAGCGUUAAGAUCCUGAUGGUUCUACUGGGGCCUGAGGGCACUGUGGCAUCGCUUGGAGAUCUGUUCCAGAGCAUGUCAAGUUUUAGCGUGACACACUACUAAAAGAGUGAACCCGUGUGCAGUUUCAAAUACAUGCUGGUGUGUAAACUCCCCAAGAGUCCUCACAAACUCGCAGAGCCAGCAGGCUGACUGCCCUUCUCUCAUCUACAUCUCACGCACUGUCCACAGUCACGUAUGCGUGUCUUGAUUAAUCACGGGAGCAUAUUGCAGCAUCA